AUGGUACGAUGUGGACAAGAGAGAGAAUCAAGGGCAUCUUCCCAAUAUUUCUUUAUCCUUGCAAUCGUAGCAAUUCUUGUCCCUUCAAUUUUUGCCACAGAAUUUGUGGUUGGUGAUGACAAGGGUUGGACCAUUAACUUUGACUACCAAGCUUGGGCCAAAGGAAAGGAGUUUCAUGUCGGUGAUACUCUUGUUUUCAAGUAUAAAGAGGGAGUUCAUAAAUUUCUUAAAGUCAAUGGAACUGGCUUCCAACAAUGUGUUGCACCAUUGGGAAUUGAGGUCCUGAUUAGUGGAAAUGAUGUGAUUACACUAGCAACCUUGGGAAGAAAACGGUAUAUUUGUGGUGUUGCCAAAGAUUGUGAGAAUGGAAACCAAAAACUUGCCAUAACAGUGCUACCUCAGACAGUGUCUCCAGCACCUUCUCUUGUUUCAGCAGCCAAGGAAUGCGUUAAACCUAUAUAUUAUGGGUGGAUGAUGGUUUUUUUGGCAUCCUUGCCAUGGUCAUGGUUUAAAGUUAGAUCAAUAGUACUAUAG